AUGGUGCUCGAUAAUGACGGCACCCACACCGUGUCGAUCCGGAUCGAGGAUACGGAAGAAGCCCACCGGCGUCGAGACUCGAUCACCUUCCGCCUCGAGGCGUGCGGGGUCGGCCCCAGCAGCGUCAUGGGAAGAGGGGCCUCGGUUUUCGUCAUCGAACCGGGAGGCGUUUCGAGCGGCGCGGCGGCGCCGGCGCCGGCGCCCGGGCGGGGGGGUACCCUUCGGCACAUGUUUGGCGUCCUGCCGACUUACCUGGCGGGAAGGAGGUUGUCGGGGAGGGGCCCGGAGCAGCUGUGGUGGCAGCUGCAAUCGCUCGGAGCGGCAGCGGCGGCUACCCGCCGGGGGCUAAGGAGCGGCGCGGUGGGGGACCAGGGGGUCGGCAGCAGACGGGCAGAAGCUGCGGAGAGAGCGUUGGAGCCGGCGGCGUCGGCUGCGCUGUCGUACACGGACGGGGGCGUCGACGCCUCCGCCACCGCCGCCGCCGCCGAAGCAAACGCCGACGAGUUGGGCGACAUUGCGUCACUGGCGGCGGUGGCGGCAUCGCGGGCGGCGGCGAGGAGGCGUAAGCUGCAGCUCGAGGACUGCAGCGCAGACUGCCUCACGUCCGAGACCGAGCGGUGCCAGAACAACGAGAUGUGCGAGACGGGGGGGAUCGGGUGCAACGCGCAGGACGACCCGCUGUGCCAGUUCUGCGACCUGGGGGCCCCGUACGUCGAGUGCGACGAGGAGCGCCCCACGGAGGCGCCGGCCCCGUCCCCGGCGCCCACGCUGGACCCGGACUACGUCGAGUGCUCCUCCCGAUGCCUGGAGUCGGAGGACUUCCCUUGCUUCGACGACCCCUCUUGCCCGCGCGACGGCAACGGGAUCGGGUGCAACGCCACCGGUGACUUCUACUGCCGGUUCUGCGGGUUCCUUGAAGAGUUCGUGGACUGCCCGGACGUGACACCCGGUGCGUGCGUUUCGUGGGAAAGGUUUCGGUUGCGUUCUUGUUGUUUUGGGGAAGGGGAAUAG